AUGAAAAUCCCCGUUAUGACAAUACACCUGCCAAGUCUAUAUGAAUACAAUCUCCUCUGUGCAAUCGGCUCUAUCACAUUUUCUUCUUUAGAGGAGUAGAGAAAGGAUGGCACACACGAAUUCUAUGAAUUCUAGUCCCAGAAAUCCAAUUCCAACGAGGGAGAAAGAGGUGAAUUGGUUCAGGGAGUCACAAGAGAUACUUGACAAAUUCUUCAAGUGGUUGUUUGGUGUCAUUGCCUUCAAGACCACACCAAUGGGAGAAGCUUUAUUCAUAGCACACUCCAAUGUCACGAUGCUUUUGGUUUUGAUGAUUGUGCUGUACUUCUCACUGUGGCUGGUGGGAACAAUGCUUCCACAGCGUAGUAGGAUCUUCCUCAUAAUCUUAGUCUGCAUCAUGAUGGUGAUUGCAAGUGUUUCUUCAGUUUUGGUUAUGACCAUUAUAUCUCCACUCCUUGCUUGGCUUAGUGUCAUGUCAUGGGUUGGCAUUUUUGUUUUGUCUGCUUAUUAUUGUUAUCAAUUGCUCUAUGCAUUGGUUGUCCGUGCAAUUUCAGAUACAAUCAAGCAAUUGAUUGAUGGUUACAGGACGCAGAGUACAAGGUUGCCGGUCUAGGCCAACCAUUAUCAUCGUCUUCACAUUUUGUAGGUUACCUUCAUACCUAGUUUUGGAAUUUGCUCAAAGAAAAAGUGGUUUUGUUGAUGUUGUUGUACUUUAAGGGGUGUACCAAAUUUUACUUGUUUGUGUGUAAAAAACAUGGUCAAUAAGAGUGUUUGUGUUAGAAAUGA